AUGGCGUAUCAAAAAAUGUACAUGGUUCCUGCCGAAGAUCCGACCAUGGUGAAUCUUUUCAAAGGACGAUUGACCUUCGAUCCUACAUUGGAUACAGCGGCCAAACUCCUGACUCGUAAAAUGGAAAUUUUAAAGAAUCCCAAUACAAGUCACGCUUUCAAAAAGCAAGCCAUCAAACAGCUCGAUCCUGAUAUAGAACUCUACGUUAGAAAAAUGAGACAACUACCAGCAUCGUUAUCGGUCGAUGCCGAUCCUACCAAGUUGGCAAAAUCCUUAAAAGACGAAGAGAGAGAUUUGGUGACUCCCGUACAACAGAAAUUGUUGAAAAGAAUUUUGAGUGAAGUCACCCCCAAAAGAGAACCGGCCACACCAAGGAGAACACCCAAGAGAGCACCCAAAAGAGAACCGACGACGGCACCACCACCUCUAAAACCGUCGACAAUUUCCCUCCAGAUACCCAAGAAACAAACCCCAAGCAAAAGCGUGUCGUGGGAUGUAUUGUCAUUUGCUCAAGGAGAACCUGAAUUAGAUGUAGAUGGUACUCUCAAAAAAAACUUUGAGAAAAAUGCGAGAAAUAGCUUUCAAAAACACCACGAGCCGUCAAAAUCUUAAAACCAGCUAAAGGAUGGACAAGUUGGGAUCCUUCUGGGAAAAAAAAGAAGAAACGGAAAAGUCUUUUAGGUUCCGUUGCCAAAAAAUUGGCGUUUGAUGAUAGCGAAAGUCAUGAUGGUACUUAAAAAUUUUAUUUGCAACUUCGGAUGUUUUUUUACAACGUACCAGGUUUUCUUGUUGUAAAUAUAACUGUUUGUCAAAGCAAUAAAGUAUUACAUAAUCACGUUCAGGAAUAGAUGUCGUCAAAGACUGAACUGUAUAUAAACAACACCCUAUCUCAUUUCAACAUUAUCAAUCUUAUAUCAUGGCCAGAAAACGACAACACGCCGCGCGUCAUUCAAAGAAAAGAAGAAAAGGAAGAAGAAUCAUGCCUAGAAAACAACACCAUACGCGUAAAUCGAAGAAAAGAAGACAGAGAGGAGGGAAAGUUGACAUACAGAAAAAAAUCGAAAAAUUAGGAAUUGAAUUUCAUCCUUUUUCACUCUCAAAACGUAAAAGAUAUCAAUACCUGGGUCCUGGAACAUUUCUCAAAAAACGACUCGCACGCGGUGAUCCUGGUAUCAAUCGUUUGGACAGAAUCGCCAAACUACAAGAUAUAGACUAUUCCAAUGCCAAAAACAUACGUGACAAAUGGAAAGCUGAUCUAAAAAUGGUACAUGCCAUCGAUGCACUUCCUGGUAAAAAAUCACCCAUGGAAAAAUUGUCGCGAAAUAUUAUCGCCGCUAAAAGAAAAUUCAAAUCGUAAAUAAUCCUCUUCGUCGAUUAGCUAUAAAAACAACGCGCAUUAACCUUCGUCAUUAUUACCCACUCAGAAUAUACUCGCGUAAAAAUCAGAGACAUCAUGGUUCGAAGAAGAAAAAACAGAUGGAAAGGAACAAGAAGAAGAACAUCACGCAGACAAAAAGGGGGUCUCCUACCCUUAGCAGCACUCAUUCCUGCACUUAUUGCUGGUGGAAAAGCCGACGGAUUAGGGGCUCUCGGAGGAGGUGCAUCCUAUGGUGUUAAAAAAGCUCUAGAAGCUGCCACCCGAAAAAGGAGGAAAUAA